GUAGCUUACCUAACAAGAGCAACGGCGAUACUUUUAUAUUUAUCUCUUAAGAAAAGAUAGUGCCAAAACCUUUUCCAAAUCUUUAUCUCAUAGUCAACAUGGAGUGGAGUUAUUUGCAGCAUAGCAAUGGCGACGACUACAGCCAAGAUUUGUCUUUAUACGGAAGUGGCCAAGGAACACAAAAAGGCGUGUUCGGAGAUGAAAUAAGUGAACACAGCAACAUGAUUGGAGGGACUCACGACGAAGAUAUUUUUCUAUUUGAAAAUUAUGAGGAUACACAAAACGGUAUGCUUACAGAACACAGUGGAGGCGAUCACGGUUUAGAGUGGAAUACGAUGUCUACAGUGAGUAACCAAGAUAGCAUGAAUAUUUCCUACAACGACUCUCAGUGUCACUAUCUCAUCAGCACGACUGCUGGUGGCGCCUAUGUCACUGUCAAUAAUGACCAACAGAUGACUCAGGAUAGUGCUACCUCGUCUGUGAACGAUAGAAUAGUGAACAGUGUACCUACAACGAGUAAAACCAAGGAAAGGAUGUACGCAAGAAAGCUGGGUAACUGCCCUGACGAAAACCGUCGAAUCCGCAAUGCUUCCAGAGCGCAUAUGAACAGAGUAAAGAAGGAGAAGGAGCUGAAGCAAAUGGAAGCGGACACAGCGCAGGUGCGACGGCAGAUUGCCCUCCUGAAGCAGAUGAAGGAGAGGCAGGAGGCGACCAACGAGUGGCUCGAAUAUGAACUGCAUCUACGGAGUGCAAACCAAUAAUUUAAAUGAUAUAUCACUUUGUAAUAUAUUUAUAUCGCUAUAUUAUCUACAUGCUGUAUACAUGCAUUCGAAGGAUACGAAAGGUCAAACUUGUGAACAUUAACAUUACAUAUCUAACUUCAUUGAUUAUUUAUCUAUACAUUUAUAUCAUAUAUUAGUGAUGCAUGUGUCUAUGUAACAACUGUGUACAUAAUCAUUCUAAAAGUGUAUUAAAAUAAUGUAAAGACGUAAGUUUUUUUCUCUCCAAUAUUUUGAU